AUGGCUUCAGAGGCAGCUCUCAACGCCCUCGGCCACGCUGUGUCGGGAUCAGCCGGUGCCGCCACCUCUACUGCGGUCCUAUACCCACUCGACCUCGUCACGACGCGACUCAGGGCACAGAGCCAUCUUGACAAGAACACACAUUACGAUGGAAUUAUUGAUGCCUUCAAGAACAUUGUGCGAAACGAAGGACUGGGAGCGCUGUACAGUGGCGUCGGCGCCGACAUUGGCAAGUCGGUGCUAGACAGCUUUCUUUUCUUUGGCUUUUAUAACUAUCUGCGACGGUACAGCAGGCGGCCGCCUCCUGUUCUGCAAGAGCUGGCCUUGGGUUCCCUGGCUGGUGCGUGCUCCAAGGCCUGCACGACGCCUAUAUCUAACGCCGUCACGCGCACGCAGACUUCUGCCAUGGGCAAGGAAACAGUGAGCGCCAUGAUAAAGGGCAUGUACGAGGAGUCGGGCCUUCAAGGACUCUGGUCUGGCUAUUCUGCUACCCUGGUCCUAACCAUCAGCCCGGGAAUAACCUUCUUUGUCAACCGCCGCCUUGCCCGACGUGUCAUCCCGGCCCUUGAGGAGGAAGAUAUACCUGUAGCAUGGGCGGCCUUCCUGACGGCAGCUCUCAGCAAGGUUGUAGCUACAGCCCUGACGUAUCCCUUCCAGACUGGCAAGACAAGGCUGCAGAUGGCGUCAUCCACCGGCAAGGACAAAAAUGUGGACGAAGAGGGUUCUCCUGCAGGCCCUAAAGAUGCAUCUGCGCUCAUGGUGCAGCGCACAAAGCAAUUUCUUAAUGGUACCAUCUUUGGCAUAAUCCUGCGUAUCCUUCACCGGGAAGGUCUGCGCGCCCUGUACGACGGCUUGUCCGGUGAGCUCCUGAAGAGCUUCUUUAGCCACGGCCUCACAAUGUUCACCAAGGGCAUCCUCCACAGGCUCAUUGUGCGCCUGUGGCUCACAUACAGCCCCCAGUUUCGCCAGAUGUUACAGAACAAGUAG